AGACGGCGUGCGCGAUCGUGCGAGAUCGCGUGACGCACGAACAGUCGCCCGUCGUCGUCCGUUUGCAUUCGUACGUUUUCGCGACUCGUUAUCGGCGAGCUGAUAACGGCCGGGCUGACUGAUCGGCCGAUAUCCGGGACCGUCAUCAACAGUCGGUGCGUCAAGUGCGUCGGGAGUGCGCGGAUCUGUGUUGCUGUGCAUGUAUCUGCGUCCGGGACGAGUCUACACGAGCACCAAAAUGGCGGCCACGCACCUCGACGUCGGCCUUCGCUGUAUCAAGUAUCUGCUUUUCGCAGUCAACUCCCUCUUCGUGCUGACGGGGGUAAUGAUAAUAUCGGUCGGCACAACAAUUUAUGCCGUUUACGAGAAUUUUUCACAUUUCCUGGAUCCAAGCUACUUUUCGCCAGCCACGCUCUUAAUCGUUGUCGGAAUAUUUAUCUUUAUAAUCGCUUUCAUGGGAUGCUGUGGCGCGAUUAGGGAAAGUACCUGCAUGGUUCUUGUGUUUGCAGUUUUGCUGUCAUUUGUUUUGGUCUUGGAACUUGCAGCAGCUAUUGCUGCAUACAGCCUACAAGAUGGCAUUAAAGAUCUUCUAGCUGAAAAGAUCAAUCUAACAAUGCAUCAAUAUGGAAAAAACCAGGAAGCCACGUUUGCAAUCAAUUUUAUGCAAUCUAGGUUACAUUGCUGUGGAUAUAAUAAUUCUAUGGAUUGGGUAAAUGUAUCGUUAAACGAAACGAAUAUGGAUGUACCUGAUUCUUGCUGUGCAUAUAUAAUAGACGAGAUAGCUGAAUUUGCGGGUCGUUGCCACGGAAGAUAUCAGGAUGGCUGUAUCAGUCGCCUUUCUAUUAUUGUUUACCGCAGUGCACUUUAUAUUGGCACAGGAGCUGUAGCGAUUGCUCUUAUUCAGUUAACGGGAAUUAUGUUCGCGUGUAUGCUUGGCCGAGCUAUCAGACGUCAAAAGACAGAAAGGGAAAGACGUCGCUGGGAAUUACGAGAAAAUCUCGUAAACGGUUAUGAACCGUUGGGAAAAUCGGAUCCUUUAACUACGUUUCCCGUAAUAUAUAUGUCAUCGGACUAUCCAUUGAAAAGCGAAAAAAAAUGUUAAUAUUUUAGUACAAAAUUUAAUAGGAUCAGAUAUAUUUUUAUUCCUAUUGUUCUCACAAAGAGAAAUUUACAAACAUAAAAAAACUGAUCCAUACAAAGAUUCUAUUUUCCAUAACAUAAAUAUGUAAGAGCAUUUAUACGGAAACCAAUAUUUAUUUUUUAUGCUUUUACAUUUAUCAUAGAAUUCAAUGGGUUAUUACCAUAUAUAACAUAAGAAAACAGUACUUAAUACCAAAUAAUUGUGAUUUACAUAAUUAAAGAUUAAUAUAUUUUCCUAACUAGAUAUAAAUAGUUUAUCAGUUUUAAAUAAUUUGUACAAUAAUAAGAAAUUUUAAUUGGAAUUCAAACUUCAAGUGAAUUCAUUAAAUUCAUUUUAAAUUUUAUACUAUAGAUAAUUAUAAAAAUGUUUAUUACAAGAGAAAAAGAAUAUUUUUUCAAAUAUUAAUUUAAAUAUUGAUAAUUAAUUUAAUUAUCGAUUAAUAAUUAUUAUUAACACACGCACACUUUCAAAUUAUUACACAGACUGUUAAUACUUAUUGAAUUUUAUUAAUUGUAUGCAUUGUACUUUUAUGCUAUGAAUAAAGUAUCUUUUUAAAUGAUA